AUUUUCUGUCAACCUGUACAGAGAUGUCAGCAAAAUCAGGUGGUCUGAAGAGGACAGGAACCAGGAGGUGAAGGGCUUUAUCUGCAGAAAGUCAGGCACCAAGACCUUCAAGUUUGAUGAGGAGAAGCAGUCACAGUUCUUCAUCACCAACAGUUUAUGGGCAAUGAGCGAUUCUGUGUAACUGACUGUCAAUAGCUGAAGUCAAAGAUGUUCUGCUUCUCCUGAAGAUUCCGUUUUCCAUUACAAUGCUGUACGAUAUAUAUUGAUGACAAAAUACACUUGCCUUUUCCCCCCGAGCCGUUUGAAUAGACUGCACAACGAUAUAAUGUAUAAAUUUUCUUUCUUACUUUCCCUUUUACUUUUUGUGUACCAGGUCAGGUAGUAUUUUUCUGUACGUCCAAAGUCCAUUAUUAGGUAUUAGUAUUAGGUCUCUAUUUUAAUUACAUUUUUUAAUCAUUUUUGUGUUUUUUAAUUCCAUUUUUCAUGCAUCAGUCUGACAAAACACUGCUUUUGAACCCAAUGUGUAUGGUGACCUCCAUUUUUCCAUGAAAAGUCAGUUUCAGUUUUGUCAA